UUAAGGCUUUAAAUUACAGAUAAUUCAGUUUUAGAAUUUGAGGGACAACCAAUAAUAAGCAUUUUAUGUUUCGAUGCAAUUCUUGUAAUUGCAAUAUCUUUCUUCAGUUCUUACACAACUGCAGUUAGCACUUUGGAUUAUCUAUGGCGACUCAGCCACCAACUUAUUACAACUUCAAUUCCCGUAACACCAACAUCGAAGAAAAAAUAGACAUGCAAAAGACACUUGACGAUUGGCUUCCAAUCACUUCUUCGAGAAAUGCAAAAUGGUGGUAUUCAGCUUUUCAUAAUGUCACAGCCAUGGUUGGUGCUGGUGUACUUAGCUUACCAUAUGCCAUGUCAAAGCUUGGAUGGGGACCCGGUGUGACUGUGCUAAUCUUGUCAUGGAUCAUCACUUUGUAUACGUUAUGGCAAAUGGUUGAGAUGCAUGAAAUGGUUCCGGGUAGACGUUUUGAUAGAUACCAUGAAUUGGGUCAAUAUGCAUUUGGUGAAAAGCUUGGGCUUUAUAUUGUGGUGCCUCAACAACUUGUGGUUGAAAUUGGUGUAAACAUUGUAUAUAUGAUCACUGGAGGAAAAUCAUUGCAAAAGUUCCACAAAACUGUGUGUUCAUCAAGUUGCAAACAUAUCAAAUUGACCUUUUUCAUUAUGAUAUUUGCCUCAGUUCACUUUGUACUUUCUCAUCUCCCUACCUUCAAUUCAAUUACUCUAGUUUCACUAGCAGCAGCAAUCAUGUCCCUCAGUUACUCUACCAUUGCAUGGGGUGCUUCUAUCCAUAAUGGUGUAAUAGAAGAUGUGCAAUAUGGGUACAAAUCUAAGAGUAAAGCAGGAACAACAUUUAAUUUCCUAAGUGCCCUUGGCGAUGUGGCAUUUGCCUAUGCUGGACACAAUGUGGUGAUGGAAAUCCAAGCAACUAUUCCAUCAACGCCGGACAAGCCAUCAAAGGCUCCAAUGUGGAAAGGAGUGAUUGUUGCGUACAUUGUUGUUGCUUUCUGCUACUUUCCGGUCGCUCUCAUCGGCUAUUGGAUUUUCGGAAAUUCUGUUGAGGACGACAUUUUCUUCUCUCUACACAAACCAAACUGGCUUAUUGCAAUGGCCAACAUGUUUGUUGUUAUCCAUGUCAUCGGAAGCUAUCAGGUGUAUGCAAUGCCAGUAUUUGACAUGAUUGAAACUUUAAUGGUAAAGAAAUUCAAUUUUCAACCUAGUACAAUGCUUCGUUUCGUAGUACGCAAUGUUUAUGUGGCAUUCACAAUGUUCGUUGCUAUUACCAUACCAUUUUUUGAUGGCCUAUUAGCAUUCUUCGGAGGGUUUGCUUUUGCUCCAACAACGUACUUUCUCCCUUGUAUCAUGUGGCUUGCAAUCUACAAACCUAAAAGAUUCAGCUUGUCAUGGUUUACUAAUUGGAUUUGCAUUGUGCUUGGCGUAGCAUUAAUGAUUUUAUCCCCUAUUGGAGGUUUGAGGUCAAUCAUAAUCAAAGCAAAGACCUACAAGUUUUACUCUUGAACUCAUUCCACCACUUAAUUAAUAAUGUGAAGGUGCGACAUGCAUGCAAGUACAUACCCAGAAGAAAAAGGACAAGAAAUUAAAAUGCCUAGUUUGACUCUCAAUUUUAAUUGAUGUUGUCAAAGUGUGAUCUUUUUAGACAUCUCUUUUCUACUUGAUCUCGAGUGCGACUAAACUUACAAAAAAUUAAAUGAAUUUCAUACCUAUUUGAAUUGUGGUUUA